GGAUUUCACCGUUUGUGGGGUUCUCAAGUGUGCCUUGGCGGCAUUACUCCUCGCUGCUUACUUUGCGGGAUUAGCACUGGGUGAAGGCUACAUGACAACAGCGGGCACCAUACGUCAUGACAAGAAAGCUGGCCGACUGCCCGACAGGCACAAGGUGUACGACUGCCUUAACAAGUGCGACAAAAAUCCGCCCUGCGCAUGCGUCAGGGUAUCCAACAACAAGAAAUACUCAUGCGACCUACUGACACCAUUCCCACAUGGCAAGCCGCUGAUGUCGAAGGGAUACGUUUACUACGCUGCGAACCGCUACAAGGACACGCUGUACAAUGAAACCGGCGCGGGUACCAACUACGCGUACAAGAAGAAGACACAGCAAAGUUCCACGUACGAGCUGUACGGGAUACAGUACACGUCGGACAAGGCGGUCGAUGGAUCGCACAACACGGACGGCUUGAAACCGCCCUACUUCGCCCACACUCUGGACUCCUACUGGAAUGAGCUGUUCCCCUGGUGGAUGGUGGAUCUGGCGCAGGACAUCACCGUCACCGGCAUACGCAUAAGGAACCGCAAGGAGUGGGGGGACCGGCUCCACGACUUCGACGUGCGUGUGGGCCCACUGCCCAUUACGGCCGAACACAACGACGUCCCGUUCAAAGGAAACACACGCUGCUACUACCACGAGAAGGGCGGCAUCGAGGACGAGGCGCUCGUGUUCCUCGAGUGCAAACCGUGCCCCAUCAGAGGGCGCUACGUCUCCAUACAGAUCACCCAGAACUGCACCGACUGCCAGGAGCCGCUGAAGAACGUCCUUCAGCUCGCCGAAGUCGAAGUGUUCGGCCUGCCGUAGAUCCACUGGUGCCGUUUACCAGCACAAGCUUAUUUCCCGCUUAUUCAUUGCGUCAUUCACCAAGUCACACAGCCGUAACUCGCGCACAUGAAAGUCUUGUGCAGCUAUUCUGUAGAUCCUGCCAUGCUGCAAAAAAAAAAAGAAAAGUUCUUUGUCAGUUCGUCAGGCAGGUAAGAAAACUACGCCAAAGUGGUCAUUUUGCAAUGAAUGUAAAGCUCCUUUUACGAUUCGAGAUGAAAUAUUGCUUGGAAAGCAAAAAAAAAAGACUGUUGCAUUCUGCUUAGCGUGAAAGAAAUUCGAGAAAGCUUAUAUGGAAAGCACAUCCAGAAUUCAUUACUAAAUGAUACAAAGUAAAUGCCCUGAGAUACACCGUGCUUAAAUGGACUUCGUUCACGCGUGCCACCUGCUGCUUCCGGCAACCUGCUGCUGCCAUCUUCGGCGAUUGUUUCAUUCAGCUACAUUUCCUAUAAUACGUUAUUUCAUUAAUUCAAUUACUAAUUACAAGUAAAUUACCCCAUGUUGUACUUGGCGUCUGUCUUCGUUGGCGUUACAUGAUAUCACUAAUAAUAAAUCGUGCCCAUCUAUGCCCCUUCGUGUCGUUCAUUAUAUAACGAGUGUCUCAAAUCCGGCACCAUUGAUGCAUUCAGGUAGCACGUAUGGGUUUACUGACCAGUCGCCUUCACCCUGAAAGGCAACGUACACGCGACGCCUGCGGUCGAAAGGAUAUUCCACAACUACUACCAAGGUUUGGAAUUGGUUGCGCGUGCUAACUGUUCUAUGGUUAGUUAUAUAGUUAAAACGUAAAUACGUAAGUGGACGCAAAAAUGGAGCCGCGAUGGCUCAAUUUCUAGGAGCAUCACAGACGUACUGCGAAGAGAUGGGACCACUCUAAACCUGCGGCCAGUUGUUCUUUCAUCCACUUUCAUUUCAUUUAUCAUUUACUUUUUCCAGUUAUUAGGCACACGCCAUUCCUCUUAUGCUGUCACUGGUGUCCUUCCUUGUUGCCUUCUUAUGAAAUGAAUAAUAAAAAAAAUCUGGCCCUCGGU